AUGACUUUCCGACUACAUCUCAUUCGGCAUGCCGAGGGCAUCCACAAUCCCGGCCACGACACAACAAUCAAUGACCCGAUAUUGACAGAAAGGGGAAUCAAACAAUCAGAAGAUCUCUGUCACGAAUUCCCCUUCAGUGAAAGCGUGGGUCUGGUAAUUACGUCACCUCUCACACGUACCCUUCAUACAGCACUGGUGGGGUUCCAAAAAGCCCUGGACGAAGAGUACUACGCCAACAACUCCGGUGUGCCACAUGGGGCAAAACUUCUUCUGGAGCCUGAUAUCCAGGCACACUCUGCACGUCCCUGUGAUACAGGCUCCGACUGGUCGGUUUUGCGAUCCAGAUUUCCCUACUUGCUGUGGGAUUUGCUUGAACAGGAUCCUGCCUUCCCUGCAAAGACGGGACGGUAUCUGCCCGAAUGGGAGGCUCUAGAGCAUAGAGGACGGGCGGUGCAGCAAAGAAUGAAGAGGCAAUUUGAGGAGUUGGAGGGGAGUGACAGACCGGAUAUUGCUCUUGUGACCCAUGGAGGGUUUAUGAAAUUUGUCUCGAACGACACAAAAGUACCAGACACAGGUAAGUGUCGUACUGUCUUGGUCACAUUCGAUGAAGAAUCUAGAGUGACAAUGCAAAGAAAGAAGAUUAUAAUAAUGACCACUGGGGUAUCAAUUUAG